AUGUCACCUCCCUCUGAAAUUCAUCAAUCCUCAUCCAUCGAAUUACAAGAAGCAAAUCACACCUCUGCCAUCCAUUCACCACAACAAUCACUACCCUCACAACCAUCAUCACCACAACCACAACAACAACCAUCUUCCACUUCUCCUCCUCGACAACAUGAUCAUUCCAUUCCAUCGGCGAAAAACAUCUCCGUUUUCUCCUCUCCGCUCCGAAUUCGGACUUGCUUUGGUGUGGUGGAAUUGUCAUGGAUGCGCCUUCUUUCCUUACUCUCUCUCGUGGUGAAUGUGGUGGCAUUUAUCAUCUUGUUGGCACUUAUUAUUUGGAGUUACGCUGCAUUUCAAGAUUUGGAUACUUCCACCAUUGAAUAUACUGUGAUGGCAAGAUUGUAUCGAGAACGAUUGUCCUAUAGUUCGAAAACAGCUGCUCUCUAUUCGGCAUGCUUGGCCUCGUUGAAUGUUUCGGUCGUGACACCUCCGACAUCGGGAACCACAUCGGGAUCCGGAACCGGAACCGGAACCGGGCCUUGCCGAAAGAGAUGUAGGGGUAGAUCAACCGCAGAACAACUCGGAAUCCAAGCCACGAAUACUUCUCAACUUUCGACAACACAGGCGGCCAAUUACGACUUGUACGUCUCUCAAGAGGCCUACACCUUUUACAACACCACUCUCCUCUACAAUCAAACCAUUUCGAAAUUACUUUCGGACUUGAGUGAUCACGAAAUUCAAGCGCUUAAUUUAACUCGACUCGAUUCGAUCGAUUCCUCCAUUCAGUUCGAAGCUCAAGCGGUCAAUCUUGCACUCAAACACAACGGAACGCAAGCCCUCAAAGUUCUAUUUUCAGAUCCGACCUAUCAGACCAAACAAGCUCAAUUUUUACAACAAGUGUUGGACCCAGUUGCGUUUUAUGUGAGUGACAAACAAAAUUCGAUUGCAUUUGUGUUAAAAGUUCAGACCGUGGUGAGUUUGGUGGUGAUUUUGGCAGCUGUGAGUAUUGUGAUUCCAGUGGUGAUUGCAACGUUGGUGUGUGCUUUGAAUCGAGAUGCCAUUCAACUUGAGAGAUUGAGAAAGGCGAAUGCGUUGAUGGCUAUUGAUACCAUGAGGGAUCCUCAAUUGAGAAAGUUAUUUAAGGCACAUUGUGAAAAAGAAUUUUCUGUUGAAAACUUUUUAGUAUUGGAAAAGAUUGGUCAAUACAAGGAAUUGGCUGCAAAAAGUAUAGAAAUCAAAAUGUUCCUCUAUGAUGAUACAAAAUCCACACUCUCCGAUGACACUGACAUUAGUGAGGCCAAUUCUGAAUAUUCCGCCAUGAGUAGUGCUUCCACAAAAAAGCCCAAAAAAGAUUCUACAUCCAAAAAACCCUACACCGAAGCAGAUUUAAUGUCCUACGAAAAGAAAAAGUUCGAAUUGGCAAAGGAAAUAUACAAUGAAUUUUUGGACAUGAACGGAAGCAUGACUGUCAACCUGUCAAAGAAAAAGACUGACGUUAUUAAGCAUAAAAUUGAGGAAUGUGCAAACAGCGCCUUUCCCUUGUUGGAGGAUGAUCUAUUUGAUAGUAUCGAACGUGAAAUUGCUCAAUUAAUGUUGGACACUCAUCGAAGAUUUAAGGAAAGUCUUGCAUUCAAAAAGCAAAUGAAAAUUGAUAAUAUCAAUACACGAAUCAAGAAUGCUGCCUCACAGACAAAAUAA